GCGGAAGUAGCUUCUCUGUCAAAUAUCUAAACAAGCUACUUAGCAAAGGAGAGAGCUCUGAUCAGCAGGGCCAACUCCCGCCCCCGAGGCUGGAACAGAGCCGUGUCCCGCACAGACUCAGAUCUGGGUGUCCUGGGAGAGGCGAUGAUGGAGUCAGUCGACAGCAGUGGCUCCAGGUUCACUCCUCUGGUGGUGCUGGAGCUGUCUUCAGACACUAAGGAGGAAGCCAUUGGAUGGCUGCUGAGCAGGAUAAGAGACCAACAGCGGAAUGGAGGUGCCGAGCUGCUCGUGGAGCAGCUGGGACCUGGAAUCGCGGCACAGGAGAAAGACAACCCCAACAUGUUCCUGGUGGGGGCCUCCCAGCAGAGGCUGCUCUCUGGUGCUGAGGAUGUGGGGCUCUUCAAGGAGUUCAGUGACGGGUCCAUGAGGGGCUUCACCUGCGCCAACAAACACAACUUCAAAGACUUUAAAGGGGAUGGAGACAGCUUCCUCAGCAUGGCCGAGUGUCAGUACAUCGUGAAACAUGAGCUGGACACAUUAAGAGCCAGAGAUGAGACUCAUGUACCAGGAUACGCCCAGGUCAAGCUGUACCCUGGGAAAUCUAUCAUCCGCAGACUUCAGUCCAAAGGGAUCCUGAUCCAGAUGUUUCCUCUCCACGAGAAGGAGGAACUGAAGAGACUGUCUUUUUCCUGGUACAAAAAGGUGAAGUUGUCCCUUCAGCCUCUUGAUGAUAUCAGACACUACUAUGGUGAGGGCCAAGCCUUCUACUUUGGCUUCUUGGAGUACUUCACCUUUGCCCUGGUGCCCAUGGCCCUCAUUGGAGUGCCUUACUAUCUGUUUGACUGGGAGGGCUACGACAAAUACGUAAUCUUUGCUGCGUUUAAUUUGGUCUGGUGUACGGUUAUACUGGAGUUAUGGAAGCGGUGUAGUGCCUCACUAGCCUACCACUGGGGCACACUGAGCAGGAAGAAAGCCUUUGAAGAACCUCGGCCUGGUUUCCAUGGUGUCCUCGGGUUCAACCCUGUGACGGGCCGCGAGGAGCCUCUCUACCCCAACGCAAAGAGGCAGCUGCGGAUCUACCUUGUGUCCGUGCCCUUUGUGCUGCUCUGCCUCUACCUGUCCCUCUACGUCAUGAUGAUCUACUUUCAGAUGGAGGGCUGGGCACUCACAGUCCACGAUGAGGAGCCCACAUUCUGGACGGGAAUACUACUGUUCAUCCCCAGUAUCAUCUAUGCUGUGGUCAUAGAGAUUAUGAACCUGAUCUACAGGUAUGCUGCGGAGUUCCUCACAGAGUGGGAGAAUCACCGGCUAGAGUCUUCAUAUCAGAAUCACUUGGUCCUCAAAGUGUUAGUCUUCAACUUCUUCAACUGUUUCGCCUCGUUGUUCUACAUCGCCUUUGUCAUGCAGGACAUGGUGCUGCUCAGACAGAGUCUGGCCACCCUAUUGAUUACUAGUCAGAUCUUGAAUCAGUUCAUGGAGGCCUUCUUGCCCUACUGGCUCCAGAGGAGACGCAACAAGAAGAUGAUCCACAAGGUCCGGAAGAGAAAAACUCUGGAGGACAAAGAGCUUCCUCUGGCCGAGCAGGUCCGGCUGGAGGCUGACAUGAGCACGUACUUGGGAACAUUUGACGACUACCUGGAGCUGUUCCUGCUAUUUGGUUACGUCAGUCUGUUCUCCUGUGUCUACCCUCUGGCUGCCGUCCUGGUGGUGUUGAACAACAUCACUGAGGUUUACUCUGAUGCCUUCAAGAUGUGUCGCGUGUUCAAACGACCCUUCUCUGACCCAGCAGCAAACAUAGGAGUCUGGCAGCUCGCCUUUGAGGCCAUGAGUGUGAUCGCUGUUGUGACCAACUUCGCUCUGAUCGGCAUGUCUCCAGAAGUCAAGGCCUACUUCCCCGAAUCAGAGACACAGCUCAUACUGUGGACAGUGGCUAUAGAGCACGCUCUGCUGGCCUUCAAGUUUCUCCUGGCCUUCCUCAUCCCAGAUGUUCCCAAACACAUCCAGAUCAAACUAGCCCGGCUGGAGUUCGAAUCCCUGGAGGCCCUCAAGAAAAAGAGGCAGCUUCAUGGAGGAAAAUGCUUGAAGCCUCGGAGCUGGGGAAGAUGCAGUGAGGAGGAGAGGAGAGUCUACAGAUACUGACGGAGCUGCAGCAGCUUCAACAUCACACUGUUGUUUACACAUCCACACGUUUGUAUUAUGACAUGAACAACUUUAUUUUUUGAGUUUAUGCGGUUGAUUUUCAUGCACAUGUUUAUCUGCAGCGUCUUCACAGCAUCACUGAAACUUGUCAUUAAACAGAGUGUACCUCUGUACCAGGUGUAUUAUAAAUGAGACGUACUGUAAUGGGGUUAUACUUUGGUUUGGUGUAAACGUGGGAUAAAUGGGUAAAAUGGGUAAAAGUCACAUGUCCAAAUCAUGGAUGAAUGCUGUAUUAUGACAAAAUAUUCUAUUGAAAAUAUCGAUUUUUAUAUCCAGGAUGGGUGGAUGUAGUUUUCAGUUGUUUGUUCUGUUUCAGUCACGGUGGGUCGGGUUCAGUCAGGACUGUGGUUUGGGAUUAUUUAACUGUCAAAAUUUGCCUACCGUCCAAAAACGAUUAUGAAGGUGUUAUAACCUCACACACUUCACCAAUAACAUGCUGGCUUACACCACAGAUAAACUGAGCUUCAGUACCGCAGCUGCUUGCAACUGAAGACGUCUUACUCCCAGUUCUGUGCUCCGAGUACUGAAGCAAAGAGAGGCCAAAAAGAUUUAAUCUGCAACCCAACGCAUAAAUUAACCACAACUAAUAUGGCAUAUUAGCAGUCAAAUAUUUUACUUUGAGAAAUGUUGUUUUGUCACAGAGGUGACGGUCUGUCAGUCAUGUGAUCUUAAAUUUCUAAGACCUAGCAACAAUUCAAACCACAUAAAUUCAGCGGGAUGAUUUUCAAAGUAAAAUGUUUAAUGCCGUGAAUUUCAAUUUCAAUAUUAUUUAUUUAUUAUUAUUUUAUGGCCUUUCUUUGUUACCAUAUCCAAGAGCUUGUGAUGAGAUGAUGUUGAUUUUGUAUUUUCUCAGCAUGUGAUGUGACCAGGGUAUUACCUUAUAACUACGAUAAUUACUUUGUUUCUUCCAGUGUUGAUGAAAAUGACUUGAAGCUUUAAACCUUAAAUUCUUAUAAACACCCUGGUGCCUUGAAAUGCGACGCCGAUCUCAGUGUUUUAUAUCCUGACAUUAUUACUGACGGUUCUGUGCUGCUCUUUGGCUUCAGUAAACCUAUAAACAACAAGAUGAAACGUG